UUGACCAUGACCUUUCUCUCUCUGGACUGUGUUUUUGACAUGAGCACAUUCUGGAAGCAUUGUUUUGAAAUAUUUUUAUCUUUAAAUUAAUAAAUAUACCUAUAACAAAUAAAUAAUGGCAACUGUUCUUCGUGUUAAACGUCGUUGUGAAGAUGAACCACUGGAUCAUUUAUUAAUAUCAUGUAAACGUAAAAAAAUUAAUGAAGAAACGAAAGAAACACAUGUUGAUGCUGAUGUACAAAAUCUACACAGAGCAGUUGUUAAAUUUGCUGGAACAUUCGAUAACCAGGACAUAAAUAUUGCCAAACAUUUAAAGAACCAAACAAAAGAUGAUAUUGAGACAAAUUAUAAAAAACCAACAAUAAAAAAUGUCAUUGAAAAUUCAAGAAUUAAAGUCAAAGAAUCAUCAAGACAUAAUCGUUGGAAAGUUACAAAUUGUUCACGUUCUGUUGAUAAUAAAAUUGAUGAUGAUGAUGAAAAAAUAAGUGACAAUGGAAUGACAAUAAUUGAUGUUGAAGAUUGUUCAACUGAGUUACCACAUGAUGAAGCAGCAAAAUAUGUUUAUGAUAUUUAUUAUGCUGAAAAUAAUAAUGAUGAAUUGUCAUUUGAUACUGGUGUGACAAUCCAUGAAAUGGAAGAAGACUGGCUAGUUUAUGAUGAUCAUCGUGAAGGCGAAGGAUAUAACUGUGAUGAUCCUGAUGAUUCAGAUUCAAAUUCAGAAUCAAAUUGGCGUACAGAUUAUGGUGAUGAAGAAGGUGAUAAAGAUGAUGAUAAUUCAAUAAAUGAAGAUGAUAUGAUACAUGCAUUUAAUACAUUUGGUGUUGAAUAUGAUUUAUCAAGUGACGAUGAAUUAUAUGGUGAUGUUUAUGAUAUGUCUAAAUUAAGACUCAAAGAUUUCGUAGCUGCUGCAGAUGAUAAUUAUGAUGAUGAUGAUAGAACUAGAAGUGACAGCGAAAUGAGUAAUUAUAGUGGUCCAAUUAUAACUGAAAUUAAUAGUGAUGAUGAAGAAACUAUAAUGGCAACUGUUCUUCGUGUUAAACGUCGUUGUGAAGAUGAACCACUAGAUCAUUUAUUAAUAUCAUGUAAACGUAAAAAAAUUAAUGAAGAAACUGAAGAAUCACAUGUUGAAGCUGAUGUACAAAAUCUACACAGAGCAGUUGUUAAAUUUGCUGGAACAUUCGACCACCAAGAAAUAAAUAUUGCCAAACAUUUAAAGAACCAAACAAAAGAUGAUAUUGAGACAAAUUAUAAAAAACCAACAAUAAAAAAUGUCAUUGAAAAUUCAAGAAUUAAAGUCAAAGAAUCAUCAAGACAAAAUCGUUGGAAAGUUAUAAACUGCUCACGUUCUGUUGAUAAUAAAAUUGAUGAUGAUGAUGAAAAAAUAAGUGACAAUGGAAUGACAAUAAUUGAUGUUGAAGAUUGUUCAACUGAGUUACCACAUGAUGAAGCAGCAAAAUAUGUUUAUGAUAUUUAUUAUGCUGAAAAUGAUAGUAAUGAUGAAUUGUCAUUUGAUACUGGUGUGACAAUUCAUGAAAUGGAAGAAGGCUGGUUAGUUUAUGAUGAUCAUCGUGAAGGUGAAGGAUAUAAUUGUGAUGAUCCUGAUGAUUCAGAUUCAAAUUCAGAAUCAAAUUGGCGAACGGAUUAUGGUGAUGAAGAAGAUGAUUACAUUGAUAAUGAUAAUGAUAGUUUAGUAGAUGAAGAUGACAUGGUACAGGCAUUUAAUAGAUGUGGUGUUGAUGAUGAAUUUGAUAAUCCAUAUGAUGAGGAAUCGUCUGAUGAUGAUGAUUAUUAUAAGGAUAAACUUGAUCAAGCUGAUAUUAAUAUUGGUGGUCUUUUAUAUGCCAAGUACAAAGCUAAAUUGAGACUCAAAGUAAAUAGAUUAGAUGAAGAUGAUGACGAUGAUGAUGAUAAAACUAAAAGUGACAGUGAAACGAGUAAUUCCAGUGAUUCAAUUGUAACUGAAAAUAGUACAGAUGAUGAACAAAUGAUUGAAUAACUUGAUCUUUCUUUAUUUUUAUGUAUAAAAUA